AUGGAGCGCAUAGUUCACAGACAAGUGUACGAGUACUUACAAGAGCAUGAUCUAAUCACCUCAGAACAAUUUGGUUUUCGCCCUAAGUUAUCCACAAGCAUUGCUUUGACACAACUCACUGAGGAAAUCUUGCACAAUCUCGACAAUAAAUUGGUUACCGGUGCAGUUUUUAUCGACUUGCGAAAGGCGUUUGACACG